UCUUUUACAUAUCCACCCAAUUUGUUUACUUUUCUUAAAAUGAUGGAAAAAAGAAUUUUUCUUUUUACAGGGGAAAAAAUAUCUUAUGAUCCAUUUUCUAAUUAUUGGAACUCUAAUAAUGAAGAAAAAAAAAAAAAAACUCAGCAAUGAAUUUUUAAAUAGGGCAACAAAAGUUCUGGAUACAGAAUUUAUUCCUCUGGAUAUAUUUGAAAAUAGAAUCCGAUUGUGUAAUGAUGAAACCAAAACAAAAUACUUAAUUAAAACAUAUGAUCCUUUAUUGAGGGGAUCCUUUCGAGGACGAAUCAAAAAAAGUUUUUCAACCUCAAUGAAAAAUGAAACUUAUACAAAAAAUCACAUUUUGAUAAAUAAGAUUCAGGGUAUAUUUCUUUAUAUUCCUAAUCAUAAUAAUUGUUUUUUUAAUAGUAAUUAUCCAGAAUUUGAAGAAAAAAUAGAUAUAUUUGAUACAAAAUCAUUAUUAACUGAAAUUUGUUUUUUUUUUUUUAAGUUAAUCAGUAAAUUUUCCGAAAAAACAGUAUCAAGCUUGAAUUAUGAAACACUUUUUUUUUUUUCAGAACAAGUAAAAAUGUACUCCGAAAAACGAAAAACGAAAAUAAAAUUUUUAUUCAACACAAUUCGAAUUGAUAGGAAUGAUAAAACAAUCGUUAAGAGAAAAAAAAAAUGUUUUGGAAUAGAUGAAAUCGGUAAAAAAGUUCCUCGGUGGUCAUACAAAUUAAUUGACGAGUUGGAACAACUGGGAGGGAAAAUAGAAAAUUAUCAAAUUCGUUCCAGAAAAGCCAAACGUGUAGUGAUUUUAACUAAAAAAUCAAAAAAUGACGAUACUUAUACUGAUAUUAAGGAUACCCAUAAUACCGAUAAAAAAGGGGAAUUGGCUUUAAUACGUUAUGCACAACAACCGGAUUUUCGACGAGACAUAGUAACAGGAUCUAUACGCGCUCAAAGACGUAAAACAGUCACGUGGAAACUGUUUCAAGAAAGUCCGCAUUCCCCCCUUUUUUUGGACAAAAUAGAUAAAACUCCCUUCUUUUAUUUUAUAAAGACAAAAGAAAGUGAUAAAAAGGGAGAGAGUAAAAUACAAAAAAAAGAAAAAGAGGCAAAAAGACGUAUAGAAAUAGCAGAAGCCUGGGAUGACGUUCUAUUUGCUCAAGCAAUACGAGGUUUUUUAUUAAUAACCCAAUCAAUUCUUAGAAACCGGCCCUGUCAUUGA